AAGAUGAGAAGUAAAAGUGGAAUCGUAGAUAACACAACCGUAUUCAAGCGCGGUUCUUACACAAGUUUUAUACAGAUGACAACGAAGAAAUGAGGGCGAGUCACGAAAGACUCUUGAGAUAGAGCCUGUAGCGUUCACUUAAUUACCAUUUUAAAGAAAAUAUUUGUUCUCCAAAAGAGCCCAUCUUUAUUCGAAUGCGUCCUUACAAGCUGGAUUUACCGGCUUUCAGUGUAAAAGUGGAAGAAACUAUUCAAAUACUUCCAUUUGUGAGCCUGUACGACUGCCGUUUAAUUCUUCUUGUUUUAAUAUCAGACUCAAACAAGUAAAAUUUGACUUUUAGCAUGUCCGCUUGAUCAGAUAAGGUUGAGGAAAAAAAAGAAUGAAAACAAACUGAAACAUUCGAUCCUUUACGAAAACAAAAUUAUUUUCACCAAAACUGCAACGCCUCUCUGCAAGUUCUCCCGUUUGAAGGUAUACAAGGAUGCGUGUGAAAAAUUCGAAAUACCUGCCCGGUUUUUCAGAUCAGUGCGUAAAAUAUUUCAGUUUUUUUCCAAAAACUUCAUGGGCCAAAAAACAGUCUCAUUCAACACAUUGAGCAGUUCUUUUGUAACAGUAGUCAUGGCGCUCUGCUAUUCAGUUCUUUAAGGAUAUAAUAUCCUUUUGAAUUGAAUUUUAUCAGGUUUUUCCAAACAUUUCAGGUGAAAUCUCCGCCCUGGAUAUACAAAUCGAAAUUAAAAAGCUUUUGGCUUUUGACUUUAGACUUGUCUGUAUCAGAUGAACUACAAAGUUAACAUGUUUUUUUCUGUUUUUUUCCUGUUGUUACAUUCAUUGUUAUUUUAGUGCGAUAUUAGUAUGUUAUCGGAUAAAAGUUUAAUAUUGAUAUUCUCUUAUAUAAAUCAUCAAGAACUUCUUCGUUGUUCACUUGUUUGUCGUCGAUGGUAUCAAUUAUCUAAAAAUGGUCGACUGUGGAGAAGAGUUUAUCUUCGUCCGGAAUAUCAUGGAGUACAUGUAAUAAACGCAAAUAAAUUUUUAUCCGUAAUUAGUAAACGUUUUACAUUAGCAUUACAAUACAUUGAUUUACCUAUGGAUCUAAUAACUGUCGAUAUCUUACAUGAAUUGGCCAAUAAAUGUCCAAAUUUAAAGCAUUUAACGUUAGAUUUUUCUGCUGCUAUGCAAUUACAUGAUUUUCAUGAUCUAAAUAUGUUUCCAUGUAAUUUAAAAAUAAUAUGUAUCUGUUUAUCGGAUGUCAUAUUUUUAGAAGGAUUUAUGAGAAAGAUAUAUCCAUAUUUAUCCUCAUUAGACAUAUUACAUAUUAUCGGUAAGCUUACUUUCUGA